UUGUAUGAGAAAAAGAAAAGGAAUAUCGUCAUUGGCCAUUGGAAGCCAUACUUCUUUGUUUCUGUAUGAACAAUUUCUCUCUCCUAUAUCACUAAGCUUGGGCUCUGGUUAAGAGCAAUUAGCUGCCAACGCUGAUACAGAGAUACAAGUUAGGCAAAGUUGAGCGAUCAAGGAAGAAGAGGCAUGAGAUUGAUGGAGGUUUUGGUAAUCUUGAUCGUGACAUCAAUAUCGAUCUCUUCCACAAGAAGCACAAACUUUGCUAUCCCUUCCAACUGCUCCAAACUCUGUGGCAACAUCAGCAUCCAGUACCCUUUCGGCAUCGAAGAUGGCUGCUUCCGAGCUGGCUUUAACUUGACCUGCAGCACCAAUACUGAUACUGCUUCGCCUCAGCUCCUCUUGGGCGAUGGGACCGUCGUGGUCACUGGUUUUGACAUGGAGAGUGGCCUGGUGAACAUCGACUCACCAGUCACUCUGAUGAUGGGCGUGGACGCCAGUUCCCCCGUCACCACAUCAUUGAUCAAUCUCCAGAACUGGCCUUUCUCCUUUAACCUGAUGAAAAGGAAUUAUGUUGGUGAAGCCGGUGGUCUGGACUAUUUGAUGAGCAACAGUUUGUAUGCAGCCGGUUGCAGCGCUACGGUCAAUCUAGUGGACGCCGUCCGCAACAUUUCCAUCGAUCAUUGCUCAACUGCGUCAUGCUCUAUCGACGCCGUUAAUGAUACUGGACGCUGCGACAUUAGCUUAGAUGAUCUGGACCUACAAACUCCGUUGGCUGUUCAGCUAACUCGACUGAUAAACGAAACAGAGCGUCUUUCGAGCGUCGCCGCUGUCAUGUAUGAUGAAUACACCAGCGAUGAGGCCUUGCAGAGGUUUACUACGAGCGGGGAUAGGGCAGGCCUAAAGGCCUCCCUUGCUUGGUACAUGGAUGACCAUUCUACGUGCGAAGAGGCCAGACAGAAUUCCGCCACUUAUGCUUGUCGUAGUCGAAACAGUGAUUGCUACGAUGCUUACCCUGGAGCUUCCUCAGAUGCUGUUGGAUACUUUUGUCGGUGUUCUUUAAGUUAUGAAGGCAAUCCAUACCUACCAGAUGGCUGCCAAGAGACAAAGUCUACCUUCAUUCCGGCAAACGAUUGCCCAGUGGAAUGUGGGAAUGUAACUGUUCUUUACCCGUUUGGGCUGAAGGAAGGUUGUUACCGAGACGAAGCAUUUGCUCUGACAUGCAAUGAGAUUUCCGGUGCAUCGACUCUCCUAUACCAAGACUACGUGGUGACCAGCAUUUCUAUAGAGGACGGACUGUUGGAUCUCUAUGCGCCUGGCUAUUUCUCCUACUUCUCUGACAAAGCCACACCUUUGACUUACCUCAGAGAGCGGAUCUACUUUAGUUGGGUAGUGUCCUACCAAUCUUGCGAGGAUGGUGGGAAGAACAUGACCACCUUCGCCUGCGUCGACAGGCACAGCUCCUGCAUAGACAUAAACACCACAAGCACUGGUCAGGGACAAGGCUAUCGAUGCGAAUGCUUGCAGGGUUACCAGGGAAAUCCUUACAUUAACAAUGGAUGCCAAGAUAUCAACGAGUGCAAUUUUCCGGAACGAUAUAUUUGCAAUGGAGAUUGUACAAAUACAGAAGGCAGUUUCCGUUGCACUUGUCCCCCAGGAACCUCUGGUGAUCCUAGACACGCAUGCAUCCCUAACAAAAAGCAAACUCUCUUGUUAGGUGCCAUCCUUGGUGCAAGCAUUGGCAUUGGCCUCCUAUUGUCAAGUCUACUGUUGGUCAUCCUGUCUAGGAAGUGGAAGAUAAGGAAACAGAAGAAAAUAAGAGAAAAGAAUUUUCACCAAAAUCAUGGUUUGUUGUUGCAACAAUUAAUUUCUUCAAGUGAAUAUUUUUCAGAGAGAACAAAGAUAUUUUCAUUGGAAGAGUUAGCGAAGGCAACAAACAAUUUUGAUGAAAGUCGAGUGCUUGGUAGCGGAGGGCACGGAAUAGUUUACAAAGGAAUUUUAUCUGAUCUACGAGUGGUUGCCAUAAAAAAGUCAAAACUUGUGGACAAGUGUGAGAUAGACCAAUUCAUAAAUGAGGUUGCAGUUCUAUCACAAAUUAAUCAUAGAAAUGUAGUUAGAUUGUUCGGAUGCUGCCUAGAAUCUGAAGUCCCUUUAUUGGUUUAUGAAUUUAUCACCAAUGGAUCUUUGUUAGACCAUCUUCAUGCACCGGCUCAUUCUAAACUAUCAUGGGAUGAUCGUCUAAGGAUACUUGUUGAAUCUGCUGGAGCUAUUUCUUAUUUGCAUUCUGCUGCUUCAAUAUCUAUUUUUCACAGAGAUAUCAAGUCAUCAAAUAUUCUUUUAGAUGAAGCUUUAAGAGCAAAAGUAUCAGAUUUUGGAGCUUCACGAUUUAACCCUCUUAAUGAAACUUAUAUAUUUACUACCGUCCAAGGUACAUUUGGGUAUUUAGAUCCGGAGUAUUAUCAAACUGGUUUGUUUACUGAGAAGAGUGAUGUUUAUAGCUUUGGUGUUAUUCUUCUAGAGCUCUUAACAGGAAAAAAGCCCACCCGUGCAACAAGAAUAGGACCGCAACAAAAUCUAGCUAUGCAUUUUCUCGAAGCAACAAAAGAGAAUCGAGCAUUUGAUCUUGUAGAGGAUCGAGUCAUGAAAGAAGCAACGAAGCCAGAGCUUCUGGAAUUUAUUCACCUGAUUGAAAUGUGUCUAAGUUUGGAAAGUGCCAAAAGACCUACAAUGAAAGAAGUUGAGUAUAAAUUACAAUGCAUGAGAAAAACAAGAAUGAAAAAAAUAAAACCAAGUAUUGCAGAUAAAAAGGAAUUAAGUGAAGACUUGAUAAGUAGUAGUGUUUCAACUUAUCCUUCCUCAGAGUUGAUAUAUCUAAUGAAUCAAGGAAAUUCUCGAAGUUAUAGCUUAGAGGAGGAGCUCAUGAGAUCUCAACAUCACCCAAGGUAAGCAUUUGCAUUUACUAUAGCUAUUUAUCUUUGAUACGCUGAGUACUUUGUCCUGAGCUUAAAGAUGUAUUAUAGAGACAAAUGAUAUUUUUGUAUUUGUUUGUAAUGAAUAUAUUCAUCAGAUUACUUUGUUUA